CGAACACUCAUCUCUAGAGCCUCCAUCUUCCAUUGCCAGGGCAAGGAGGCCAGAAAUCCAAAUUUCAUGGACCCUAACUGUUCACUGACAAAUCAAAUGGCAUUGAAGAAGGCAUUGGUCGACUUCAAUCAUCAAGCAGUCGCCUCCAGCGAACAACAGAAAGAGGUGUCUGUGUCGCUGGCCGAUGAAAUCGCUCAUAUUCGUCGAGUUCAAAGUGAUCCACAAGCUGUCGUUAGACUCGUCAAGGAAAGACCAGAUGCUAUGGGAUCAUUUAUGGAUGCCCUCGCCGAAAGCCCUUCGACCAUGGACAAGUUUAUCGAUGUCUUUUCUGAGAAUGAGAAGGUUGUUGACCAUGUCCAAAAAGUCAUACAGGCGUUUGUGGGAGAGAACAAGAGGAGUAGCAACGGAGCUGGCUUGAACGGUAGUGGGAAUGAGCCGAAAAAAACUGAGAAAGAUCGUGUCCCACAAGUGGAGAUACUUGUCCAUUACACCUUCCAUAAAAUGGUUGACAAACGCUUCCCCGGUCUGGAGGACGAGAAAUUCUACAUGAAGGUCCGAGAGCACAGCUUAUGUGCACAAUAGCUCCAAACGAGACUGGCCUGCUCUUACUGUCAGUGGAAGGGAAGAGCUGUUGUCGGACGGGUCAGUUUUCAAUGCCUGACGACCGGACUGGACGUAUGUGCUCGUCGAUACAACGAAAAGGUUUCUGAAAUCCGUGACGGAGAAUUUCGAGGCCAACCACGCAGAAGCGUCCAAAGUAAGGAUCCCGCAUGUUUUCGAGGAAUCCGUAAAGGGCUAUUUCCAUACUUGUGGAAAGAAAUGCAGGGGUGCCAUCGACACAGACGCCAACAGUGCUUGUUCCAGGAACUCUGGCACAUGCGGAAGUUAGUACAGCAGUUGGGCAGCCCCGCUUCCUUGGUCCAGGCCUGCAGGGAAAGGGAUCUCAUCGGAUCAGCCUUCGGGACCAUUGACGCAACGGGGACGUCGGUUGUUCAAAACCCGUCAUUCUUCUACCCACUGAUGUUUACCCAUCAAGAACCGUAAUCUCUCAACGAUGGCACCGAUGACCCAGAAUUCGACCUCUUUAUCUCCUGUGCGAUGUCAACCAAAGUAACCCUCAAAACGUUCGGCUUGCGAAUGGUUUGGACCAUUUAUGGUCUCCUAUUGUGAGUUGAAAGUCCGUUUUUGGGUCCCUUCUUGCUUUUGUGGCCAAUUUCAGUCGACACAGUUUCGAUUGGCAUUCGGUACCCUCUGACACGAGAUCAACGUCCUCCCCUCCGAUGGCAAAAAGAGGACUGGCAAGGCCCCGUUCUCCUCCAUGCCCCUUCCGGCCGAUAGGGUUAGGGUCCCAACUGUCGAGCAUGUCCACGCCCUCGUCGUCGAGUCCCGUCCCUCGACAAUCUUUACCAGAGAUAUGUUCGACUGUCGGUACUUGACGGGAGGAAAUGGGCAUAUGUUGGAGUGGAUAAAUGCUCUGCCGCGUCUCAUCCCAUACCCGAAAUCGACUCUCUGGAAUUACCUCCUCUAGAAGAGUUGCUCCGCGCGAAAGGAUGGCACACUUCCACCUAGUCGUAUACCGCUGCUGCGGCCGUGACAUAUGACGACGACACCAUCAAGGCCCUAUGGAGGAAAAGAAAUAGGAAAAGAAUUGUAGACUUCGAAGCGUCGUUCAAAACCCCCUUCUCAUCAAAUGGGAUCCUCCACCAUCCCGGAGGCAGCAAUAACUAACAUUGCCUUACCUGUUUCUGAGCUUUCAGGAAACCAUCCUGUCGCUCCUGGUUUGCCCGGCGGUAUCCGGGAGGAUAUGAAGAUUUGGGCUGCCAAGGUGAAAACAUUUUCUCAUCUGGAUGGAGACUCCAUGGAAGUCGAUUCGCCUGCCACGUUGCCGAUUUUCGCUACUAGUUCCAAUCAGAUUGCUCAAGUGGAUAAGCCCGCAUUAAACCCACCGUCGCCUAGAAAUUUUAUGACUGAAAGGAGGGCCAAUGUGGGUGAAGGUGACGGCGAUGCCACAAUGGAGGAUGUCACAGUGCAAUCAGGCGAUGUAUCUGGAACGCAAAGGAGUGGUGCGGUAAUUGGUAGUAUCGGGUCAGAGGCGACGUAGAGCUUUGAGGGUUUCGAUUUUUUUUCCCACCAUCUCGUCCACUUCAUGUACCUUGAUACCAAAUGGCGAUAUUCUCUUGUCCAGUGGCUAAAGCAGGUAUGAGUCAACCUUAUAUCGUCCAAAUCAUGUAUACCAUCAGUCGAAA